AUGACACCCAAACAGCAGAUCACCUCCGAAAAGGGGCUCAAAUCUCCUUUGUUCUCUCAGGCAAUCGUACACAACGGCACUGUCUAUGUGAGCGGCAAUAUUGGCAUUGUUCCCUCUACCAUGCAGAUAGUUGAGGGGACCGUGGCAGAUAGAACGAAACAAGCAUUGGAAAACAUCAAAGUUGUAUUGGAAGAAGCCGGCAGCAGUCUUCAAAAUAUCGUCAAAAUGAACAUUUACCUGACGAACAUGGAAGACUACGCCGCCAUGAACGAGGCCUUCCUCAAGACUAUUCCAGAUCCGAAGCCAGCAAGAACCUGCGUUUGUGUCAAGGAAUUGCCAUUCAAGACUGAUAACAGGUUGAAAUUGAAUGCAUCGCACAUCUGUGAGGGCACGUCCAGAAUAGAAGCCAACAUUUCGGACAAGGCAACCGCUAAUUGUGACCAGGGGUGA